CCAUGUGACGCAGACACACCUCUUACUGUGAUUGGCUGCUCACUGUAAGCGUUCACUACACUCUCAUUCGGAGCUUUGAAGGUGAAAUUUGCUUUUUUGUGUAUGCAGUUUUCCAUCGCGAUUAUGACUUCCUGUGCUCUUUACAGUACACGCACACACCUGUGCAGACAUCUGGCACAUAAAUAUCUGAGCAGGACCUACAGCACACGACCGUCUCUAAAUGAAGUCGUCAUCGUCAGUGCAGUCAGGACUCCUGUGGGGUCUUUCAGAGGAAGCCUUUCCACAGUCCCUGCCACUAAACUGGGUUCCAUUGCUAUUAAAGGAGCCGUUGAGAAAGCAGGAAUUCCGGUUGAGGAGGUGAAAGAAGUUUAUAUGGGCAAUGUGUUGCAGGCAGGAGAAGGACAAGCACCAACCAGACAGGCUCUUCUGGGUGCAGGUCUCCCUCUCUCCACUCCGGCAACUACCAUCAAUAAAGUGUGUGCUUCUGGGAUGAAGUCCAUCAUGAUGGCCGCUCAGAGUCUCAUGUGUGGGCAUCAGGAUGUGAUGGUUGCUGGUGGAAUGGAAAGCAUGUCUCAGGUUCCCUAUGUCAUGGCCAGAGAAGUGCCCCCUUAUGGUGGAGUGAAGAUGGAGGAUCUGAUUGUUAAGGACGGGUUGACGGACGUCUACAACAAAUUCCACAUGGGCAACUGUGCUGAAAAUACGGCCAAGAACAGCGGUAUCUCCAGGGAGGAGCAGGACGCAUUUGCCAUUAACUCGUACAGCCGCAGCAAAGCAGCAUGGGAGUCUGGCGUCCUGGCCAAGGAAGUGGUUCCUGUGAGCAUCCCUCAGAAAGGAAAACCAGACAUCGUUGUGAAGGAAGAUGAAGAAUAUAGGAAGGUUGACUUCAGCAAAGUCCCCAAACUGAAGGCUGUGUUCCAGAAAGAGAACGGCACAGUGACGGCAGCCAACGCUAGUACGCUGAACGAUGGCGCGGCGGCUCUCGUGCUCAUGACAGCAGAUGCGGCAAAGAGGCUCAACAUCACACCGCUUGCAAAGAUCGUUGCUUUUGCUGAUGCUGCUGUGGCCCCCAUCGAUUUCCCUAUCGCUCCAGCCUUCGCCGUCCCCAAGGUCCUAAAGGCAGCCGGUGUUAAGAAAGAAGACAUUGCCAUGUGGGAGAUCAAUGAGGCCUUCAGUGUCGUGGUGCUGGCCAACAUCAAGAUGUUAGACAUUGACCCCAACAAAGUCAAUAUCAACGGAGGAGCAGUUUCCCUCGGACACCCAAUUGGAAUGUCAGGGGCGAGAAUCGUAGGACACAUGGUGCACAAUCUGAAAUCGGGACAGUACGGACUGGCAGGAAUCUGCAAUGGAGGAGGCGGCGCCUCUUCUAUUCUGAUCCAGAAAUAUUAGGACUUGCACUUUAGUCCACAGAAUGUCCUUGAGUCAGAUAUAUCUUCAUCAUUAAUGUGAGGUCAGUCCUGUUUUUCAAUUAAAAUAGGAAACAAAGUUGUCGGUGUUCAUACAAUACAAACUUCUCAAAUUGUAGUAUUUAUUCUGUGCUCUCAAUGCAUAUUUCGUUAUGUGGUGUCAUUCUCAAAAUAAUGUUUUAAUAAAAGGGUUUAGAAAGUUAAAAUCUGUAUUUGCAAUAAAAUAGAAUAUUGAUUGUUUUUGUUGAUGUUGAAUGUGAUGAUUAUACUCAGAAAUAAUGCAUUUCACCUGAAUGAACACCAGGUGGCGUGUGUGCUUUGAGCUCUGUUUGCUGAUUGGCUAAUGGACACUUUUCACAGACUAUAAUGAAGCAAUAAUAAUUUUUUUUUUUUUUUUAAUGUACUUUUAUAAUAUUU